CAUGCUUUGGUGUGGCUGAUGUUUUGUUUACAAAAAUGUUUGGGUGGAUUAUCUUUGGAACAUUAUUUUCUUACAUUUCUGGUGAACUGUGGUGCUACAGCUGUGUGAGUUCCCAACCUGGAUGUGAAGAAUUUUACGUUGAUUGGCGUAUACAUCAUGCAAUUACUUGUCCUAGGGAUGAUGACAAAUGUGUAAAAAUAAUUGAAAGGAAAGGCGUAAAUAAAUUUAUCACCAGAGAUUGCCUGUCUAAAUUAGAAGCGCAAAAAAAGGAUAUUCCUGCAGACAAGUAUGAUGGAUGUCGGAAAGCAGCUGAGCAGCCUAAACUUGCUGUUUAUGUUGAAAAUCACAUAUCACAGCUAGAGAUAAAGAAUCAACAUUGGGAUGAAGUGACCUAUUGUUUUUGUGAAUUUGAUCAAUGGUGUAAUAGUGGACUUCUUUUGCACUCUAACAAAUAUUUGAUACUAAUUCUGUUAUUUAGUAUUUUAAUAGUUUGGCUGAGGAAGUAAUUUGUAAACAAUACAUGUAAAAUGUAAUAUUUUCAUAUGGAUUUCAUAGAGAAGUAUUAUUGUGUAAAGUAUUUUGAAAAUGUAGUUUGUUUUCAUAUAGAAUCUCAGUCUCAAUUGUUAAAUUUGACAUUGUUGACUAUUUAUCAUUGAAAAAGUGCAUUAUAAAUAUUUUUACAUUGUGUGUUGUGUAUAUAUAUAUAUAUAUAUAUUUGCAAGGGGAAUUUUAAAAUAAAGGUUGUAUGGUUUAGGUUAAUCAAUUACCUAGAUGUUUGUACUUUUGUGUUCACUAAGUGUACAAGGUGUGUAUCAUUUAUUUGUAUUUUUAGAUAAGGAAGAAUGUAGGAUUUGUAAAAAGUGUAACUUAAAGAGUUUGGAUGUUAGCAAUAGCUUUUGUUUUAACCUUUUAAAAGCCUUUGACUGUUUGAAAUUUUUAUAUGUUCUUGAAAGCAUUUGAAACAUGUAUCAUCCUCCCAAUGCUAAAUAAAGGGAGAUGUUAAAUUUUUAUAUUUGAUAUAUUGCACAAGAAAUUAUAAGUAACUAGUUUUUCAUUUUUACUCUUUACUAAAGAAAAUGUUUUCCAGCAAUAUAUAAGAUUUAUUGAAUUAAUGAAACUUAAAAUUGUGCUAAUUUGUUUCCACCCACCUCUACUGAUUUUCAGCAUAAUUUUCGUUAUUAAAUUUUAUUUGAUCCAGUUUGUUUUAAUCUGUUGUAGACAUGCACCGAACUUUUUAUAAGGAUUCAACUGGUGUUUAAUUAGUUAAUACACUUUUAAUUUUAUUUUACAUCAAUAAAUGAAAUAUUAGUAUGUUUAUCCACACAAUAGUAUUGGCGUUAAUAAUAAAUUAUGUUUUUAUCAUAUUUAAAAGAGCUUUGAUAAAUAAAAGCUUUUCUGCCCCCACUCUGAAUUUUCUUAGUAUAGAAGUGUAAAAAAAAAAUUCGAAAUGAGAAUAGCCAGAUAACAUAAAAUUUAGAAUAUCUCGUUAAACGGUAAUAUAUUUUUAUAAACAGAAUCAUAUUAUAAAUAGUUCAGAAUCAUGCAUUAUAAAGUGAAUUUAAGUUCAUUUGGAUUCUUCUGAAGUGGUUUUACCAUGCAAAGUGAAAAACUUCCUGUAAACUCCCAGUUUUCAAGUUAGGAGCUUUUCGCAUUAUUCAUAUUUCAAGGUUGACAGCUGUGGCAACUUUCAUCCUGUUUUGAUACAUAUUAGUUAUUCUACUUCUUUUUGGCAGGAGGAGUGAAGAUAUUUUUCUAAAUAUUAAUGGUAGCUAACUUAAUAUUUAAAACCUCCAUCAAAUUGACAGUUUUUCCCUUCAGUGUACCAUUUAUAAAAUGCUGGGAGUUAAAGGUGUAAUUUCUAGGUAUGCAGAAAGUAUCUAAAUUUAGGAGAACAUAAUUAUUGUUCUGUAAAAAAUGGUGGCAUAUCAGAAACCAUAACAGCAUUGUGUAUAUGUCAUAGUGUGCUUAGAAAAGAAUAAUGCAGUAAGCACUGGAUAUAUAUAAAAAAUAUUAAUAUUAUUUUUAAUACAUAAAUAAGAAAUGCAUAUAUGUAUUAAAAAAAGGCAAAAUUGAGGAUUUAAGAAAUUAUUUGAUGUUUGUUUAAAAUAUGUAAUAAUUAAUGUAUUUUGCAUAACUGUUUAAAUAUAUUACACAUGUGUUUAGCUGAUAAACAAUAAGAAACUUAAUUGCACAGAAUUCCACAUUGAAUUGUAUUAAUAUCACAUUUUUAUGGCUAUAUUUUGAGAUUCAUGUUUUCUUUUACAUGUAUAAACAUACAGCUGUGUGUGUAUGUAUAACUAUCUCUCUUUUUCACUAUAUAUGUGUGUGUGUGUGUGAUUAUUCUGGUAGCUGACUUAAGAGUUUGAAGAUAGCGUAAAUGCAUAAGCUGAUGCAAUGGAGAAGAAAAAACUUGCAGACAUAAGCUUAGAUAACAAGACAUAAUUUUAUUUCUUGAUAACUAAUUCUGAGGACACAUAUUCUGUUUUAUUCAUCACCAUGAGAGAGAUAAGCCUUAUGCAGUUUUUUGAAGCAUUUCACAUUGUUUGGACAGUGGUCGACAUAGAGAACAGAGUAACGCAACAGAACAUCUUAGCAUAGCAAGAGUUAGGCAGGCAAAGUGAGUGCGCAUUUCAGCAAAGUGUAUUAAUAAAGUUAAAUCUUUUUUAAAAUUUUGAACCAUGAUUGGAAAGAGCUAACCAUAUUACAGGAUUAAUAAUGCAGAUUAGUUUUCAUCUGAUGCAGGUUGAUUCCAGGAAGAGGACAUAGUCAAACUAAAAUAAGGAAUUAAAUGCACUGUCAGUUAGCGUUAGUAAUUUUCUUUUAUAUAUUAUAUCUUAACAUGUAUAGGUAAACUUCUCAAGUAAAGAUGUAAAAAAAAAAGGUAAACAGCUUAGUUGAGCUGAAAGUUGCACUUUUAGAUGUAAGAGAUAGAUUCACAGAAUGAGUAUCCAAAGUUUUGUAACAUUUUACAACCUUUUAUGUAGUGUAGUUUGUUUCUUGUAAUUUUGUAUUUUUAUAUUUGCUCAGGGUUAUAUAUCUUAUUUUUUAUUUUUACCUUUUAUUUUUUAACAUAUUCACGUGAAGGUGUUUUUUUCACGUUUUAUUUCCACAAAGUUUAAAUAUUCCAUAACAUCAUCACAUUUUUAUUCUGGCAGCUGUUCUUUCAAUCUCCAUAUCAUAUUUGUCUGAGUAUAAUAUGAUAUUUUUCCACUUAAAGGUCUUUCUUGAAAUCUUAUCUAUCUACUAUGUGCAGCUUAACAUUUAAAAACUAUAUUAAAGUAAUUUAUCUCUUAGUGUUUUCAUUUGAAAACAUUUAUUUAGGUGAACUUCAAGAAAUGCUGUUUAGGCAAUUUAAUUUUUGUUUUGGAAGGCGUCUUUAGUAUGACUAGCUUAUAUUGUAAAACCAUCUUACAUAAAUGAAAAUUUUUCCCUUUGUAAAAUAUUUCUAAAAUACAGGGGUUUUUUUCUUCAAUGUAAUAUGGUAUUUUCAUCUAGUAGUCUAUAAUUAAUACCUUGAUGGUGACUGUAGUAAGAAAAACUUGAACAAUAUUGAAGUUCUAGAACAAGCACUGAAGAAAAAAGGCUGCAAUAUCACUGAAGAUUUACCCUUAAUCUUCUAUCAACCAGAAGCAUACUCUGUAAAAUGUUGCUAAUAAAAUACAUUGAAUAUCAAGCAAAAAAAAGAAAAGAAAAAGAAAAUGAAGAUUAUUUUCUUAAACAAAAUAAAAAUUUCUUUAAAAUGAUACAUUUAAAACACAGAGGAACAAGAGUGUAUUUCUUUGUAGCUAACUAAAUGAUCCAGAAAAUCAAAAAUUGCAUAGUUUCUUUUAAACGUCCUUACAAAAUAAAUAUCUAAAUAAAGUAAAAUAAAAUAAAAGCUUAAACUGAUAAAAGCUGUAGAUUCUGGUGAUCAUAGUGUUUGGAUAUUGGAGUCUUGCCAAAAUGCUCCUCUAGCAUCUUUUUGUUGAUCUACUUGCUAUAUGAUAUUUUGCAUUAUCUUGCUAUCAUUUUAUGAGUGAUAAAUUAUUUCUAUUCAUUUAAUGUUAUAGUAAAUUUAGAACACUGUGAAAAAAUCAGUAGCUAGUAUUACCAGACUUAAUCCUGAUAAUCUCACAGACUUGGGCACUAAAAUUUUUCUAUCUUGAACUGUAAAAUUUUAGCACUAUUGCUAGCACAUGCAAGUAGCCCAAGAAAUGGGAAACCUCAUAUACACAAAUUCAGUGAUAUUUUCCACUUAAGAGAUUCAAAAGAGAUCUGAAGGCACUUGCUUUGGUGAAGAGGAACUAUGAAGUGAUUAUAUACAUAAAAUGUAAAAUAAAUGUGAAUACAUGCUUAAUAUGCAAAUGAAUUGCAAAAUAGAUAAUAUACACAGUUAUGGAUUUAAAUACAAAACAAAUAUAAACAAAGACACAAGAUUAUAAACAAAUGCAAGCAAAAGGGAAACAAGUCUGCAGUGAGUGUUGCUUUGUGUUCUCCUAGUGCUUUACUGUUCUUUACCUGUCGCACCAAUCAGACUUGCAAUAAUCUUGGUGAAAAGUGAACAUAAGAAAGGCCAGUUUACACCUGUCAGAGAGCUCAUAGCGAGCUGCUCGUUAUGAUUACUUUGACAAUGUAAACGCUCACUUUGACCGAGUAGAAACAUAGGGGAGAUGAGUCAGCACUUCAGUUUUCUGCUUUGAACCUAUUGAAAAAUCUAUCCGGGCAGUUACUCUGAGCAGCAUUCGCUGACACGUCAUGACAGUGAGUUCUGUAAUGUCGAGAUGGAACGACAGCCAAACCAUUGCAUUUUUUAAUGCAUACGCAUCUUAUGAAGUGUUACGGAACACUUCACCGCUUCAUUAAUAAGUUGUGUACUUCUAUAAUAAUGUGAGCUUAUAUUCAUUUUUCUAUAAACAUCCCUACUUGAGGAUGUAAUAAAUAUAUGAUAUUAUAAACUAUAAAAAUAAAAGUGGAAUUAUGAAAAAAUAUGUAGAUCUGUUUCAUUGGGAAUAUUUAAAUUUAUUGCUUUGUAUAAAAACAUUCUGGGCUAUAAUUUGUUACAAUUCAGCUUGGAUCUGAAACACUGAGUACAAGUGCUUAAGGUGUAUCGAGGUGUAUACAAAUUAUGCUAGAUGAAUCCUAAUUUUCUUAAGCUAUCCGUUUCAGCAUUUUAAAAAUAAAGUAUAAUCGCUAUUUGCGAUAAAUAUCUUCCUGUUGGAACUAUGUCAUAAUAUAUAUAUUCUUUUACCUGUGAUAUUAUAUGUAAUGUACCCAAGUUGUUUUGUACUUCUUAUUUAUUUAAGAUUUUCUGAAUAAUUAGGUAGAUAUUAUACAGUUUAUUUCUGUUGUGUUAAUGGUAGCUUUGAAUAAAUAUUACAUGUGUUAAUUUUGCAUUUUGCUGUAGAAAUAAUACAGUCUCAGUCAGAACUCUGCAUAAUUAAUUACAUGCAGAGAAAGCUACUGAUUUUGCAGAUUCUGGAUGAAUAAAUGUAUUCUUUCUAUUAAUAAAACACAUUAUUACUUUUACAUUAUUUUAAAAAUGAUUAAUUAGGUGUAAAUAAACAGUUAUAUAUAGUAGAAAAACUUUGUUAACUUGAAUUUCAGUAACCACAAUUGACUAAAUAACUUCCCUCAGUAAACUGAGUUUGUUUUAAAUCGAUUGACUUUUAACUUCCCUCAAUAAACUGAAUUUCUUUUAAAUUGAUUAAUGAAUAUAUUUUGAAAGUGAAUAAAUUUCGAUUAUGUUUACGGAAUAUAUUUUAAGUCCUUGUAUCUGAAAUACAAUAAAGAUUUUGUAAAUUUGAACAUCCUCGUCCCAAAAUUCAUUUAAUGGUUCAUUUGAUACUCCUAAUUCAUUGCGGCGAUCUACCCAGUCACGUGGCCAUUUCCUUUUCUUCUUCUCUUUUUUUAAGAACAGAAAUUAAUUUGUUUGAAUUUGCUUUGCCGACUUUAAAGCACUGCAGCUGCCAUGUCUGUACCCAUUUUGUAAACAGAGGCAAGUUGUCAGUGGAGGAUAGAUUUUUCAACAGGCCUUUCUUAUGUUUUCUGAUUCAAUCAGAGUGGACUAUCUGAAUCAGAGUACUGGUCCGUUUCCUCGGUUCGAGAUGCCCGGAUGAGUGGCUCAUUACGAGCUGCUCAAACAGAUGUAAACUGGCCUCAAGGGUCAGUAGGGUUGCGUUUGCAAAUACAUCAAAUAAUUCUAAGUUAAAAAUGUUGAGAAAACUGCAUUAAAUAUAUACAGUUGUGUUCCUAGUGACUGAUAUUAUAGGUGGUGGGAAGCCUGAGGUCUAAGUGCGAAUUCAGUAUCUAUGAUUUCAUGCUUAACAACCUUUUUUUAAAUAUUUUAUGUUAAUGGUUUUAUUAUAGAAAUUUCUGUUGAUAUCAUGGAUGCAGAUUAGAUUUUCAAGUCUGUGUGCCCGGAAGCACAUGUAAUCUUUCUCAGCAUACUAUUUUUUAAAACUUAAAGAUGUUGAAGUUUGUGUGAGUGGCUGAACUUUAAAUAGGCAAAGCAUAUGUUAAUACAGGUCUUAUGAUAGAAAUAUAUAAUCUCAUCUAUCUUGGGAUGUCGAGAUGAGGAGAUGAUUUUUCUAAUAAGCUUUUGGGGCGAGCAAAAAUUUCUGUUACUGUACCUAUUGUAUUAUGAAUAUGAUUUUUUCAGGUUAAACAAGUGUUUAAAUGAACAUCAAGAUAAUGAGCAUUAGUUACUGUGAGAAUUUUCAGAAAGAUGCUAGCAUUGCUUUUAAAAAGAUCAAAUUCUUUGUUGACUGGGUGACAUUUAUGUUUUCUAACACAUAGCAGUCUUGAUUUAGUGGGGUUUAUGCUAGUAUGCGAAUUUGUGCGCCAAUCUUCAAUUUUAUUCAUGCUAUUUUAUAUUCAACAAUUGCAUGAUCUGGGUUAAGGGAUUUUAAUGGUGCCACUGUGUCAUCUUUUGAUCAUCUUUAUUUUCGUUUCUUUUUAUAACAUGUAAAAUUCAUCAAAACCAUAAUGUUUCCACACUAGGAUCAUUGUACAUAGCUUUAAAUAAUAAUAUACCAGAGCUCUAUUUUUAAAAGAAAAUUAUUUUCUCAUUCAGAAUUAUACUUUGCAUAUUGAAGUGUUAAGUUUUACUUUCAUAAGUGCUCUUUUUUUGCUCUUUGAAAUGAAAGUGCAAUUAAAGAAUUUAUAGUUCAUCAUGAAGCAAAUGCUGAAGGUUAUUGUAAUAUUAAUAAAUAUGGUAUUUGUGAUAUUAUAUUUGUACAUUUGUAUAAUUUAAUAAAUCUAUUUCCCCAGUGAGAAUUUAUUUCAGCUGUGCACAAAAUUUAAAGUUUCCCUUUUUUAAUAAAAAUCAAACAUAUUCUGUUUUUUUUUUUUUUUAGUUUGUGUAUUUUAUUGUUUUAAUCUGUAAUAGAAUUGAAUUCAUUCCAUCUUGAGUAAAAAUGUUGAAGUCAUAUAUUUUUGUAAUUUUUCAUCUCUUUAAAAUGUAUGAUUCCAGCUUGAAUGAAAAUCAAAUGUAUGCAUAUUGGUCUAUUUUUAAUUUUGGAAUCUCCAUAAAAUUUAAGGUAUUCCAUUUUGAAUGAAAUUCAAACAUUUUUGUUGUAGUUGUAUAUUUUGUUUUAAUUGUACACAGAAUUUAUAAAAAUUAAACAUGUUCUACUUUUAGGUCAUAUUUUCUUAGAAUAUGCGGAAUAAAUCUAUGUUUCUGACUU